AUGUCGACGUCCAUGCAAGUCAAGAUAAUUUACAAUGAGUGCAUCAAGCCCUCUUCCCUAACACCCCAACACCUGAGAAUCCACAAGCUUUCCCUCUUGGACCAGUUGGUUCCCUCCGCCUAUGUACCCAUGAUCCUCUUCUAUCUCCCCUCCUCCAUUCACCCUAUUAAUAUUAAUAUUACUAUUCCAAUGAGGUCACAACUGCUAAAGCAAUCCCUCUCAGAAACCUUGACUCACUUUCACCCACUUGCCGGCAGAAUUAAAGACAGUCUUUCUAUUGAUUGCAAUGACGACGGGGCUCGUUACAUAGAGGCCGAGGUUGACUCCAAUCUCACCCAGUUUCUCAACCACCCUGAUCUCUCCUUCCUUAGUCAGUUCCUUCCCGGUGAGGUAAUUAGUUGGCAAGAACCCGAAGCAACUCCCGGAGCUCAUGUAGCUAUGAUGCAAGUCACCAACUUUGCAUGCGGCGGUUUCGUUCUAGGCGCCUGUGUUUCACAUAUGGUUGUUGAUGGAGCCGCAUUGAGCGCCUUCCUCAAAGCUUGGGCGGCCGCAACAUUUCGCUACGUAGCGACUCCUAGUACUCCUCAUCUUUAUACCAAGGGUAAUUUUGAUGCACCAUCUUUGUUUCCCCAAAAUGAUGCAUACCCAAGAGAAGCCACUAUGAUGGCUUUGUUCUCCCACUUUCUGAAAGUGGGCAACUGUGUUACAAGGAGAAUUGUAUUUGAUGCCCCAGCCCUGGCUACACUCAAGAAAAAAGCAGCCAGCUCAACGGUGCCAAAUCCAACGCGCGUGGAGGUUGUCACGACACUCCUCUGGAAACACAUUAUGGCUGCCUUUAAGGCUAAAUCUAAAAUUGUCCAGAACCAGAGGCCAACUCUGAUGACACACAUAGUGAAUUUGCGUCGAAGAGCUGUGCCACCAUUUUCCGAAUACACUAUGGGAAAUUUUGUGUUCAUGGCUACCGUGUUGUCACAAUGCAGGAGUAAUACUGAAGAUGAUGAUCAAAAUGAGGACAACUUAGAUUAUGUUGAUGAUAAUCGUGAUCGUGAGUUGGGUAGAUUGGCGAGGCUUGUGAGGAAAGCUGUAAGCAAACUUGAUGGUGAUUUUGUACAAAGCCUACAAAGAGAUGGGACUAGAGGGCUCAUCAAAUUCUGUGAGCCUCUCAAGGAGAUGGGAGAGACUGUGUCUCGUGCAGGCGCAGAUGCAACUGAUGGACAGGGCCCGGAUUAUAUAGGAUUUAACAGCCGGUGCAACCUUGGUCUUUAUGAAGCUGAUUUUGGGUGGGGAAAGCCUGUGUGGGUGGCGUCUGGUGGGGCAAAAAGGGGUGCAGAAGACGCUCCGUACAUGAAUAUGGUGAUUUUAAUGGAUACAAGGUCGGGAGAUGGAGUUGAAGCCUGGGUUUAUCUGGAUGAGCAAGACAUGACUAUAUUAGAGGGUGAUCCUCACUUCCUUGCUUUUGUUUCUUUAAACCCUAGUCCUCUUUCUAUUACCAUUAAAAUACCGUAG